GUUCCAAAAAUCAAACCCACUGGAAUGCAAAUUGUAAAGGACUAGUACUCACAGAGGACACUGUGACCACUCCCACAGCAGAGGGUUACAAAACCUCAGCACAUCCAAGACUCCACAGACAAGAAGCCUCCUCUCAUCUUCACAUCUCCAACCCCGGACAUCAGUAAACCAUGUGUUGUGCUCUUUACCUGAGUGCUAUAAUCUUCAUCUCAAUUAGCUUUGGGAUCAGAGCAGACGUGGAAGAACCCUACCAACCUGAAACUUUAACGGAUCUAUCCAAAAAAGUGAAUGAGUUAUGGGUCACUCUUCUGAAUGGAAUUCCACUUUGGAGCAAUUCUGAUAGAACCAUCCAUGCCAUUUGUAACUUACAACCAAAUCCAAAACUGGAUGCAGCCGAGCUCCAAAUCACAGGCAAGGUUUUGUUUAAGCAAAUCUAUCCAAAUGGCAAGUUAGAAGCAGUCUUUACUGUGCAUGGAUUUCCUGACGAUGUCAAUCAAACCAUGAGAGCCAUUCAUAUCCAUAGCUAUGGUGACCUUAGCAAUGGCUGUGACUCUACUGGUGGACAUUUCAAUCCCCAUUCUGUAAAUCAUCCCGGCCACCCUGGAGAUUUUGGAAAUUUUCGUGUCCGAAGUGGGAAGAUCCAACAACACCUUACAAAUCUUGAACCUACGCUCUUUGGACCGUUUUCUGCAAUCGGAAGAUCAAUUGUUGUCCACAAGUUGGCAGAUGACCUUGGUAAAGGCAAUAACCAGCCCAGCUUGGAAAAUGGAAAUGCCGGCACACGUCUAGCUUGCUGUGUUAUCGGUUCCACCACAAGCAGCAGUUGGGAUAAUUACAUUCAAGAGAACGCAAGCCAAAAGAGUCCAAGAGUCUCAAGACGUGUUAGCAAAGUACGAAAAGCCAAAAACUGAACCAAUUCUUAUAACGGACCUGUCACCCCUCCUGACAUGUCUGUUUUAUUAACUAUAUGCAUUCCCCAUCUUUAUAAUACUUCUGGGGCAUCUAUUAUUGUGACUCUAUGAUGUGCCAUUCCUUUAUUAUUCCUGCUAGAUGUUAUGAAUGAAUUAAUAGCAGUCUGCAAUGAAGGCCCAGAUGGGUGUUACCAAUUAGGGUGUGUCCCUGCGCAGUCUGAUACCAGCAGCACUACUUGGACAGAGUCAGACACGCUCAAUACUGGUAACACCCAGCAGAACCUUUACUGCAGACUGCUGGCAAUUUAUUUGUAAACUUCUAGCAGGAAUAAUAAAGGAAUAACAGAGCUGAGACUCAUAAGUAUAGAUGCUCCAGAAUUGUUAUUACAUGGAGAACCUAUGUAGUUACUAAAACAGACAUGUCAGGAGAGGUGACAAGACCUCUUUAAAGAGAACCUGUCACCACAAAAUACAAUGCAAUCUGCAGGCAGCAUGUUAUAGAGCAGGAGGAGCAGAGCAGAUUUAUAUAGUUUUCUGGGGAAAGAUUCAGUAUAACCUGUAAUUUUAUACAUUUCAGUCUCUGCUCUUUCUAAACUCAGUUGUACACCAGGGCCGUCUUAUCAGUGACUGACAGCUUUCUAUGUAUACACACUUACACACAGAAUACUAUCAAUCACUGAUAACACCACCCCUGUGUACAGCCAACAGUGACUGACAGCUAUCUCUGUAUACACACUUACA